UCCACCUCAGUUAGCUCGAAUCCCGAUUUCUCCCGUUUUUGUUUUCCGUCAAUCGAUAGUAAAGAGACCGGAGACACACUGGAAUCUCAGCUCAAGCCAUGGAAGAAGAGAAGGGAGUGGUCAUCCGGAAGCUGAUUGAUGUCAUUAAUGAGAUCUCUUCGAUCUCGGACUACCGUUGUCCCAUUAAGAAGCAGUUUUGUAACCUCGCUAGGCGAUUGAAGCUCUUAUUGCCCAUGUUAGAAGAGUUCGAGGAUAGCAAAGACCCCAUUCCCGACGAUACUCUUUAUGCUCUUUCUUCUUUCAAGGAUGCGCUGGAAUCAUCCAAGGAGCUCCUCAGAAUCGGUAGUCAAUCGAGCAAAAUAUAUUUGGUCUUGGAGAGGGAGCAAAUAAUGAACGAAUUCCAGGAAGUCACAGCUCGGCUGGAGCAAGCUCUGAGCGGAAUAUCAUAUGACAAACUUGAAAUAUCAGAUGAAGUUAGGGAACAGGUUGAGCUAGUGCUAGCUCAGUUUAGAAGAGCCAAAGGACGGGUUGAUGCACCCGAUGUUGAGCUGUAUGAGGAUUUGCUAUUUGUUUACAAGAACAGUGAUGCUGACAUUGAUCCAUCUGUGCUUAGGAGAUUGGCUGAAAAGUUACAAUUGAUGGGCAUAAAUGACCUCAAACAAGAGUCUCUGGCUUUACAGGAGAUGCUUAUUUCCAAUGCUGGAGAUCCUGGGGAGAGCAUAGAAAAGAUGUCAAUGCUACUAAAGAAGAUUAAGGAUUUUGUGCUGACUGAAAACCCUGACACAGGAGCUCCUGAAAGCGAACAGUGUCCUUCAAAUGGCAAUCCAUGGCUAUCAGUCGAUGGGAAUCCCAAAUCUCUGGUCGUACCAGAUGAUUUCCGUUGUCCAAUAUCCCUGGAGUUGAUGAGAGAUCCAGUUAUUGUAUCCACAGGACAGACCUAUGAGCGAUUGUGCAUUGAAAAAUGGAUUGAAGCGGGGCAUCUCACGUGUCCAAAGACACAACACAACCUUUCCAGUACUGCUGUGACGCCUAACUACGUCUUGCGUAGCCUCAUAGCACAGUGGUGCGAAGCCAAUGGGAUAGAACCUCCCAAACGACCUAGCAAUUCGCACUCCAGUAAGACCACCUCUGUCUGCUCACCUGCCGAACGUGCCAAGAUUGAUAUUCUCCUUCGUAAACUGACUUCCGGUAACCUUGAAGACCAGCGAUCAGCUGCAGGUGAGCUGCGACUUCUUGCCAAGCGUAAUGCUGACAACCGUGUGUGCAUUGCUGAGGCCGGUGCGAUUCCCCUCCUUGUGGGCCUCCUCCCCACUUCUGACCCACGCACUCAGGAGCAUACUGUCACUGCCCUUCUGAACCUUUCCAUUUGUGAGGAUAACAAAAGGAGCAUCAUAUCUUAUGGGGCUAUCCCUGGUAUUGUACAUGUACUGCGGAAAGGGAGCAUGGAGUCACGGGAAAAUGCAGCGGCCACACUUUUCAGCCUCUCGGCGGUGGACGUAAACAAGGUGACCAUUGGUGCAUCAGGGGCAAUACCGGCACUUGUGACCCUGCUCAGUGAAGGUAGCCAGCAGGGAAAGAAGGACGCAACAACAGCCCUCUUCAACCUGUGCAUAUUCCAAGGGAACAAAGUAAGGGCAGUGCGUGCUGGAGUAGUGCCUACACUGAUGAGAUUGCUGACAGAAACUGGAGGUGGAAUGGUAGAUGAAGCAUUGGCUGUGCUAGCUAUACUGGCUAGCCACCCUGAGGGGAAGGCAGCGAUAGGUGCCGCCGAGGCUAUGCCCGUCUUGGUUGAGGUGAUUAGGAGUGGAUCCCCGAGAAACAAGGAGAAUGCAGCUGCAGUUCUGGUGCACCUAUGCUCUGGGGACCAACAGUUUCUUGCAGAGGCUCAGGUGCUUGGUGUGAUGGGUCCCUUAUUAGACUUGGCACAGAAUGGAACAGACAGAGGCAAGCGUAAGGCCGCACAGUUGCUUGAGCGUUUGAACAGAUUUGUUGAGCAGCAGAAGCUGACUCAGGCGCUAGGCCCAGGCCUUGGCUCCGGUUCAGAACCAGCACAAGUGCUACCUGCAGCGACCAAUGUAGAUAGUUGAGUAUGUAGUUUUUCACUCUUAUAUUGGCUUGGUUUCUCAGUAACAAGAAAUUAAAGAAGCUGUUGUUUCAUCCAGUGGGAAAGGUGGAAGAUCACCUGCCCAGCCAUUGAGUUAUUUGUCCUUUUUUGUGUGUGUUUGUGAGAAGAGGUUGUGGAUUUGGGUAUUUACAUGUUGGAGGGAUGAAGGUUAAAGAGCCAUCAGAAAAAAGGAAAAAGAAGAAAGAGGCAGGAAUGCUAAUUGGAAUAGGACACUUUUUUAUGUGGAAGGCUGAAAUGCAAUUGGCACAAAUCUGUAACAUACUGUUGUAAAAUGUGCAACUGUAAACAUGAAAUUAUUUCUUUUUUGGCUA